CUGAGUGACAGAGUAAGACUAUGUUUCUAAAAGUUAAAAAAAGGCUGAGUCCCCUCGCCAGGUUCCCUCCGUCGCCGCCAAGAUGAUGUGCCGGGCGCCCUCCGCCGUGCAGCCAGCCACCGCCAAGACCCAGUACAUCGCCGACCAGGUGAGGUCCCAGCUUGAAGAGAAAGAAAACAAGAAGUUCCCUGUAUUUAAGGCCGUGUCGUUCAAGAGCCAAGUGGUGGUGGGAACAAACUACUUCAUCAAGGUGCAUGUUAGCGACGAGGACUUCGUAUACCUGCGAGUGUUCAAAUCUCUCCCUCACGAAAACAAGCCCUUGACCUUGUCUAACUACCAGACCAACAAAGCCAAGCACGACGAGCUGAGCUAUUUCUGAUCCUGACUUCGGACAGGACCCUUCAGCCAGAAGACUGAUAAUUAAAGUGAUCCUCCAUGGACCAGAGCAUGCACUUGUGAUCCUAAAAUAAGCUUCGUCUUUGGGCUGUGCCCUCGGAGUGGGAGGGGCGGGAUUCAGCAGCUGCUCUUGCAUUUCUCUUCCUAAAUUUCAUUGUGUUGAUUUCUUUCCUUCCCAAUCAGUGAUCUUAAUUACUUUCAAAAUAUUUUCAAAAUAGAUGUAUUUUUUAAAUCCUUAAAAAAAAAAAAAAAGGAACACAUGAGUGUGAGAACCCAGGUGGAAUGUUUCUGCUAUCCACACUGGUUUCCCAGGUGUUUCUCUAGAACGCUAGACAUGUUCCUGCCUCCGUUCCCUCUGCCUGAAAUACUUUCCUCCCAGAUGGUCUCUUCAUUCCCUCUCAGUCUUUCUUCAAAUAUUUGCUCAAAUGUCAACCUCUUAACAAGGCCUACUCCAACUACUGUGUUUAAAAUGGCAAAACCUUUCUUUGCCUUCCUGAUUACUCCUUACUAUGCAUCUCUCUGUAAUUCUCUCACCGUCUAACAUACAUUAUGUAUUUGUUUAUUGUUUAUUAUUUGUCCUCCUCCCUCUAGAAAGUGAGCUUCGUAACAGCAGGGAUUUCUAUUUCAUUCACUGUUCUAUCUCCAGUGACUAACACAGUGCUGGAAACAGUAGGAAUUCAAUAAACAUUUCUCUUGUUUUUUAAUUAAUUUUUUAUUUCCCUAA